GUAACGGUAUUCGAAAGAACGUAGGAAGUGGGACGUCUACAUUUGCUUUCGCAUUUACAAUCCUCGCAAUAAGAAAAUUCCCUUAUAGAAAGAUGGUGGCGAUAGAAGCGUUCAUUCGUUGGUAACAUUGUGCGCGUGGACAAAUCCAUCGUGAUGACAGUUUCGAGCGGUGACAGUUGCGUACAUGUUUGUCAGGUUGCGAGAAGCGUUCCUUCCUAUUCCGUUAGUUAGUAAGAGCCACUUUCAUCGUUUCGGCCAACGCUCCGUUGUUUAAUAAGUUAUCUACGGAAUACGAAUCGUGCCGGAGGACAUUCGUUAAUUAUCAUUAAAUUCAACGAUAAAAAUCAAAUGAAAGUAUCGGACGAUAAAAGACUGAUCGAAAAGAAUGAUGAGAUCGUUAUCAACAUUAUAAAAGCGUGCGAUCGACAUUAUGAAAACAUUUCGAAACUGAUAGAAAAAUAGACAGUAGAAGACAGCGAGUAAAUUCCUUUGCUGUAAACACCUGUUCAGCUUUUUCCAAACAUAUGAAUUAAAACUCGUGGAUCAACGAUCGAUCGAUCGUGAGAAAUAUCAAGACUCCAUUUUGGAACUGGACUUUUUAAAUUUCAUAAGAAGAAGUUGACUAAUGACAAAACAAUGAACGUCUUAAAUUAAAGAAUAUAAUUGAAGAAUAUAAAAAUUAACAAAGUUUUCUAUCAAUAUUUCAAAGAUGAAUGCGUUUGUUGGAAUGUGCGUUGCUAACGAGUGGAAUCGUCAAGGCACCGUUUUACGAUGCCAGGAAAAGCCGAGAAUGAACGUAAAGAUAAGCAAAACGAAGAAUGGAAUGGACUCGUUACCACCACCACAUAAGAUCUUUAUGGUCCUACGUGGUAUCCUGACACCUGCGACUGCUCGACUUAUUCGGAAUAAAUUAUCCAAAAGGACUCGAGAAGGUAAUAACAACAACGGUACUCCAGUAGGACAAUUAGGGUCGACGCGUCAUGGACCUCAGCUGAUGAGCCUGCUUCGUUUAUGCACCACUGUGCACCACCACCACCACCACCACCACCAACAACAACAACAACAACAACAACAACAGUCUUCCCAGUGCGGUAUUUUGCAUUCCGACAAAAUAUUUCCGAACCCGUCGUCGGAACUUUAUCAGGAGGAGAGGAUAAAUUCGUCUCAGGAAAUUCCUAUUGACGAGCUGGCUCUACUAGCUAAGCUGGAGGAAGCCAAUAGGCUCAUCGAGUCGGAUGCAAAGUCGCUUAACUCUCUUCAGAGUAAUCAUAGUAGGAAAGGUUCGGACACAUCGCAGGUGUCCGUGGCGUCGGGGGGUAGCGGAGGUAACGGAGAUGCCGCACCCCGACGCCACACGACUGCCGAUGGUGAAGAGAACACCUGGAGUUUGUGGGGUCACAUAGUUUCCGAUUGGGAUUAUCAUUGGAAGAAGAGAAAAGAUUUUGUCAAAGAAUUAGUCCGACAGGGUAUACCCCAUCACUUCAGGGGUAUCGUCUGGCAAUUGUUGAGCGGCGCACACGAUUCUCCUGUAAAAAAACAGUUCGCAGAAUAUAUCAAAGCAACGUCAGCCUGCGAGAGGAUUAUCAGGAGAGAUAUAGCGAGAACAUAUCCUGAACAUGACUUUUUUAAGGAAAAAGAUGGUCUUGGUCAGGAGAGUUUGUUUAAUGUUAUGAAAGCGUAUAGUCUUCAUGAUCGCGAAGUGGGCUACUGCCAAGGUUCGGGAUUCAUUGUAGGAUUGCUUCUUAUGCAGCAAAUGCCAGAGGAAGAAGCUUUUGCAGUAUUAGUAGCGCUUAUGCAAGAGUAUCGUUUGCGAGAUAUGUUUAAGCCGAGUAUGGCAGAAUUAGGGGUGUGCAUGUAUCAAUUAGAACAUUUAGUCGCCGAUACGCAUCCCGAACUACACGCUCAUUUCACGGCUCAAGGUUUUCAUACUUCGAUGUACGCCUCCUCUUGGUUUCUCACGCUGUUCACCACGGCACUGGGACUACCCCUCGCCUGUCGUAUCUUUGAUGUAUUCCUAUCCGAAGGAAUGGAGAUAAUCUUCAAAGUUGCGCUGGCUAUGUUGCAUUUAGGAAAGGAGGAUUUACUAAGUUUGGAUAUGGAGGGCAUGUUGAAGUUUUUCCAGAAACAAUUACCGAGCAAAGCUGAGAAAGAUCCGGACGUACUUAUGAAUCUGGCAUACAGCAUGAAAAUAAAUCCAAAGAGGAUGAAGAAGCUGGAGAAGGAUUAUACCGUACUCAAGAUGAAGGAGCAAGAAGAGAUGGUAGAAUUACGGAGACUCAGGGCGGAAAAUAGAUUACUCAGGCAAAGAACUGAACUUUUAGAGGCCGAAUCUGCUGAGCUCGCCGACAGAUUAGUGAGAGGUCAAGUUUCUCGUGCGGAAGAAGAGGAAACUGCGUUUGUAGUGCAAAGGGAAUUGGCUGCCCUUCGACACACGCAUCUUGAGACCAGUCAUCAGCUCGAACAAGCCCACGAUGAACUCAGAUCGUUGUCUCUUCUUUUAGAGGAAAACGUGAACUCGCGACAAUCGUCGCUCGACGAGAUCCUGUUGAAGCAGGAAGCUUUAUCGCAAAAGGAGGAACUGAUACAGUGCCUACAAGAGGAAUUGGUUAGGGUCAGACUAAGCGAGGCUGAAAAUGGAGUAACGAUCAGGGAACUUAGGGCCAGAAUACAGGAAUUGGAACAAGACAAAAAGACUUUACGCGAAUCAACACCUGAUAAUUCUGUUGCUCAUCUGCAGGAAGAACUGAUCGCUGUUAAACUCAGAGAGGCAGAAGCGAAUCUCUCUUUGAAGGAUCUCCGACAAAGGGUUAUAGAAUUGAGUGCUGCGUGGCAAAGGCAUCUACAGGAGCAUAGAUCUGCUCAAUCCGCUCCAGCAGCGGAUUCAACACCGAAAAAGUUACUUUUUUGGGAAAAUAGAGGUCACGAAGUACAAAAGUACGAGGAAGAUCUGAUGACCACCAGAAUUCGAGAGAUGGAAGCUCUUACUGAGGUCAAAGAACUUAGGCUUAAGGUCAUGGAACUCGAAACUCAAGUACAGGUCGCUACAAAUCAAUUGCGUAGGCAAGAUGAAAAUGGGAAAGUACUUAAGGAAGAAUUGGAGAAUGCACGUGCUGCGGAAAAAGUUCUCGCUGCCAAGUUGCGAGAUGAACAGCGUAAGUACGCCGAUUUGGAAUCGAAAAUAAAAGAUGAGACAAUGAUGGCUAGGAUACGUGAUGCUGAACAUGCUCAACAAGUUGCCGAGCUUACGCAGAAAAUUUCUUUGCUCGAAUUAAAGAACGAAGAAAUGCACGCGGAAGGUGAGCUAAGAAAUAAUUUAGAUGACAGUGAGAGAGUAAGAGAACUCCAAGAUAAAGUUGCGGAACUAAAAGCAGAGGUCAUGAGGUUAGAAAGUUGGAAACAACGUUGGACCGGCCAUGGUGAUCAUCAACCCGUUCGAAGUUUUAGCAUCGACACUGAGAGUGAGUUAGACGAGCGGGAUCUGAGGAUUUGUUUACCAGAUCAUAUCAACACGACCACUCCAAACUCACCCGAGAUCCGAUUUCAGCAGGAUAAAACAAUAUAACAAGAAGAAGAAGAGGAGGAGGAGGAAGAGGGGAGAAAAGCGAACGGCAAAUCGAUCUUAAUUGAAAAAUCUUCGAUAUUUUAUAAUAUGAUGACAUGUAUAAGAUUGAAUAAAAUGUAUUGCGUAUUUACAAUGAACUGUCUCGAUAUCGAUCCGCGACAGUACGUACAUAUGUAUGUAUGUAUGUACAAACUGACUGUGAUGUGAAAGACUGAUGUGUUUCUUUUUUUUUUUUUUUGUCUUUUCUUCAAUUUUUCUGAAUUUUUUCACGAUCGAGAGGAAGGAGGAAAAGGACCAAGAAGAAAAUUUUAUGAUCGUGAGGAACCGAAAAGGAACGACGAAUAGUACGAGUAUCUAUGUAUAUAUGUAUGUAUGUAUGUAUGUAUGUAUAUAUAUAUGUAUAUAUAUACAAUAUAAAUGGUGUGAUGUCUUUACCUAUCUAUAAAGGAUUAUCCUUUGACCAUUUCCAUACUUUUGGAGAUCUUUCUCUCUUUCUCUCUCUCUCUCUCUCUCUCUCUCUCUCUAUAUAUAUAUAUAUAUAUAUCUUUUUUUUUCUUCUCUUUCUCUCGAGUAUAUCUGCACAUAUAACCGAGGAAAGUAUCCUUGUUCGAUCGUGAGGAAGCCCCGGAACACACCCUAUCUUUUCUAUAUAGUACGAGAAUUAAAGUACAAAAGAGUUUCAACCUCGCUCACGAAUCCGUUCUCAUGAUUCGCGAAAAUCGAACGAUGCUUCUUUUUUCUUCUCAUCGUAUAAAAUAAUCAGUGGUACGACGGGAAUCAUUCUCAAUGUAUUUUUUUUCAUAAUAUAUCACUUGGGUACUUUUAAACAUGUUUAUAUACAGAUACAUAUCUUGAAUAUUGAGAAAUGUUUCACGAUAUUUCGAAACCAAGAACCAAAGAAUUUAUUUUCGAUAAUAGAAGGAAUGAGAAAGAUAGAUUAAUAUAGUUUUUUCUUUUUCUCUCUUUCUCUCUUUAUCUCUAUCUAUCUAUCUCUACUAUUUUCCUCGAGGGAAUUCUUUUGGUCUGUCAGUCAAUUAAAAGCAACGUAGACAAAUAGCGUGCUGCUUCAUGCGAUUACAAUUAUCUCAAAGACAGAAGAGAGAGAGAGAAAAAAAUAAAGGGAAAGAGAGCGAGAGAGAUAGAGAGAGAGAGAGAAAGAGAGAGAGAGAGAGAGAGAGAGAGAAAGAAACACAGAAAGAGAAAGAGGGGCAGCUAUCUUAAUCAUAAAACGUUCAAAGUAACCGCCGAGAGAGAUACAAAGUAGAGGGAAGGAGAAGAAUAAAAAAAGAUGAGAAAUAAGAAUGACAUGCGUGACUUGUGAUCCUUCGUUUUUUCUGGUAAACAAUAAAGAUAUCCAUCCAGUUCGUUGGUUCGUUCGUUAGUUUGUUCCUCUGGUAUGUCAAAAAUCAUUGAAACUUUUUGACGAUUGGACGAGAUUAAAGAAUGAGAAGCGUAUUUUUCAUUCUGAUGUAAUUCGAUUCAGUGCUUUUGGAUCAUAUAUAUUAAAUUACAUUGCCAGCUAACGUUUUACGAAUGUUUCUUACUAUUCCAGUAGGGUUGAAAAGUCAUAUGCGUGUACAUGUAUCACCACCCCUAUCUUAUACUGGCGAAUAUGUACAUGGAACAAAUACGAAUGUACAUAAAUACAUACGUGUGGCAUAUGUAUGUAUCUACAUAAUAAGCGUUUCUAAAUCUGUUCGUUGGAAAUUCAUUAAGCCGGACCCUUCUUUACCCUUAGCAAAACGCGGAGCAACGUAAGCUAACAGCCCCUUUCAAACGAAUUCGAUUUGAUGUCCAGCAUGGCCAAUGUCGAGGGCGUGUGCUAAGCGACGAAAAGAUUCUUUUUAAUACUACCAAACAAUCUUACUAAUCUCUUUCCUUUCAAUAUCGAUGAUAACGAGAUUGGUAAGAAGGUUGGAAAAGUCGAUGCCUUGUCUCCGAGGGAUGUGUGAGGAUACAUGUCUUCCAUACCGGCAGAGGGAAUUUUUAAGGAGCAAGAGAAAGCGAGAGAGAGAGAGAGAAUGAAAAGAGAGAAUCUAGCUAAAGCAUCAUAGAAUCCAGCUCGCAAGUACUUCCUCAAAUACAGGGCGAAGCAUAGAACAAGAGAGAGAGAAAGAAGUCUAUGGUCUGGGCACGUAGAGAGGUGGAAAAAAGUAAUCCGUGAAAAGGGUGUUCUUUGGUAUAGCUCUCUCAUUUCUCUCUCUUUCUCUCUCUCUCUCUCUUCUCGGUUGCGCGCGACGUUGCCGGGUCCUUGGUCGCGCACAGCGAUGGUGGCGACGUUGCCGAAGGGCGUAGGGCGUCAGCGUUCUCUGAAAGUGAAUGAGAGAGAAAGAGAGAAAUAGAGAUAGGGAUAGAGAUAGAUAGAUAGAUAGAUGAAGAGUAAGAAAGAAAUAAAGAGUAUAGAGUAGCCAGAGCAAGAAGAGGGGCAGGAGGAGGAGGAAGGCGAGCCAGGGGUGGCGGAGCAAUUAAAUAUGGCGUCUACGGCGGCGGGGUGUGGCGCUCGCGCAUGCGCCGAACGCUCGCGUAGGCCUUGCGCAGGAGCGAGAAGGACGAAAGGAGUGUACGAGAGAGAAAGAGAAAGCGCUGAUCGAGUGUAUGUACGGGAUGGAGAAGGGGGUCGGUAGGGUGGGAAAGAGAGAGGGAGCGAGGGGAGCGUCGCCGAGUGGAAUGACGGGGCUCUCUCCGGCGUAGACACACCGGGGGGGUAUCGAGAGGAGAAGGAGCCGGCCGGCAAGGCAGAGAGAGAGACGACGUGCAUCGAGGAGUACCCGGCGUUACGUUCGUGCGGUGCGUGCUGUCGUCGAGACUAGUCGUCGGUGGUUGCUGCUACGAUCUGAGAGUGUUCCGAUCGCUCUUCGUGCGUAUACUUCGCUUCUUUUUUACAAACGCAUAGAUACGCAUAUAUUAUAAGACGAAACAUACUUGAUAUAUAGACAUAUCGGUCGUGAGAAAAAGAAAGAAAGAAAGAUAGAGCUAGAGAUAGAGAUAAAGAUAGAGGAGAGAAGACACGCAUAUCAGAGAAGAGAAAAAGACUUUCGCGUACGAAGGGCAAUUGUCGAUUGAGAGUAAAGGAGAAUCAGUUUCGAAAUGACGAUGGCUACCGAAACGGAGAAUAACGGGCCCGAAAGUAAGGAGAUAAA